UCUCGCGAGAAGACGAGGCUGCUUCAGAGUGGUUACCAGUCUAUUGAGCUACCAAAGAGCAUUCCGAAACUACUUUUAUUUAGAGUUAAAAACGGCCACCUGCAGUCAACUGUUUGUCAGUUAUACGACGUUUUUUUCUGUCGCAUGAUAACCUAGCUUACAAGUCUUCUAGCAGUUGUUUUAAUGUGUGUUGAACACCGAAGACUGAACACAUUAGCUAACUAAACUCACCGCACAAGUGUAUGGGCUCCAGUCACUGUCAAUGUCGUCUGAACUUAAGAAACCAGUCAACACUGACAACCUUAAGGCUGCAGAAGACAGCGGGAGACUGAAUUAUGUCACUGGGAGUCUGUUCUCCUGCCCCAAGGAUGAGGCUUUGGCCCACUGCAUCAGUGAGGACUGCCGCAUGGGGGCAGGCAUAGCAGUGAUGUUCAAGAAGGAGUUCAAAGGGGUAGAGGAGUUAAAGGAACAGAAAAAGCUGACAGGAGAAUGUGCUGUACUAGAAAGAGACGGACGUUUUGUCUACUAUCUGAUCACAAAGAAAAAGGCCAGCCAAAAGCCCACCUAUGACAGCCUUAGACAGAGCCUGGAGGACAUGAAGUCACACUGUGCAGCCAACAGCGUAACAAGAAUAUCAAUGCCUCGCAUUGGUUGUGGCCUGGAUCAACUGCAGUGGAGCAGAGUGUCAGAGAUACUGGAACAAGUCUUCAAACACACAAACAUCUCCAUCACAGUCUACAGCCUCCCUGAGAAAGCAGAGACCACAGCGAUGAAGGAAAACAAGUGCAGAUGAUUGAUAGAAAAGUUUGUUAAUUGUAAUUAUAAGUUUAUGCACUUUUCUGUAUCAUUCCCACAGUAUGUGGUCACUAUUUUCAUUAGGGGGGAAAAAUGUAUAGAUAACUUAAAAAUAAAUUUUCUUUUUACCACA